AUGAUCAACUAUGUCAUGCUCGUGAGCCGGCAGGGUGCGCCUCGCGAAAUGGUUCCAGACACUGCCGAGCAAGACGAAGGCCAAGAUCGUGAAGGAUGUGACGCAGCUGGUGCUCGCGCGACGAACACGGAUGUGCAACUUCCUCGAGUACAAAGGUGUGUUAUCUACCGCCGCUACGCUUCUUUGUUCUUUAUCACGUCGAUCACGCCGGGAGAGAACGAGCUCAUCACGCUCGAAGUCAUCCACCGAUAUGUUGAGGUUCUCGACCGGUACUUUGGCAACCUUGACCUCAUCUUCAACUUCCAGAAGGCAUACGCGAUUCUUGAUGAGCUCAUCAUCGCGGGUGAAUUACAAGAAUCUUCAAAGAAGGCUGUCCUGAAGAUUGUUGCCCAGUCUGACGCCAUUGAAGAGGGUGAGUUAGCCUAG